AUGCCUCGCGAAAUAGAAGAGAUCAAGGACUUCCUGCUCACAGCCCGGCGAAAGGGCAAGUCUGUCAAGAUCAAGAAGAAAGAUAACACGAAAUUUAAGAUGCGGUGCAGCAGGUACCUCUACACCCUGGUCCUCAUCCACCAGGAGAAGGCCGAGAAGUUGAAGCGGUCUCUGCCCCCGGGUCUGGCAGUGCAGGAGCUGAAAUGA